AUGUCGAAGGAGCAUGAGAAAUGUGCGGAGUGUUGCAGCUAUGUCUUACCUGUUGAAAUUUAUCCCCCCUCUCUCUGUCUCUCUCUCUCUCCCUCUAUCUCUUUUGCUAUCUCUCUCUCUCCCUCUAUCUCUUUUGCUAUCUCUCUCUCUCCCUCUAUCUCUUUUGCCAUCUCUCUCUUUUUCUCUAUUGCUAUCUCUCUCUCUCUCCCUCUAUCUCUUUUGCUAUCUCUCUCUCUCUUUCUCUCUCCCUCUAUCUCUUUUGCUAUCUCUCUCGCUCCCUCUAUCUAUUUUGCUAUCUCUCUCCCUCUAUCUCUUUUGCUAUCUCUCUCUCUUUCUCUCUCCCUCUAUCUCUUUUGCUAUCUCUCUCUCUUUCUCUCUCCCUCUAUCUCUUUUGCUAUCUCUCUCUUUCUCCCCCUCUAUCUCUUUUUGCUAUCUCUCUCUCUCUCCCUCUAUCUCUUUUUGCUAUCUCUCUCCCUCUUUAUUUUCUCUCUCUCUUUCUCUCUCCUCUAUCUCUUUUUGCUCUCUCUCUCUCUCUCCUUCUAUCUCUCUCCCCUCUAUCUAUUUUGCUAUCUCUCUCCCCUCUCUCUUUUUGCCCCUCUCUAUUUUUUGCUAUCUCUCUCUCCUCCCUCUAUCUCUUUUUGCUAUCUCUCUCCUCUUUCUCUCUCUCCCUCUAUCUCUUUUGCUAUCUCUCUCUCUCUCUCUCCCUAUAUAUAUAUAUAUAUAUAUAUAUAUAUAUCUAUAUAUAUAUAUAUAUAUAUAUAUUUGGUUGGAUAG